AUGAGCUCGAGCACUAGCACUGAUACGACAAUAAUAGUUGAAGGAGGCGACGAGGUGCUAAUUGUUGACUGGGAUGGGCCCGACGAUCCUGAGAAUCCGAAAAAUUGGCCUAGUCGAAGAAAGUGGACUGCUGCCGGAGUGGUCGCUGCAUUCACUUUUAUUUCUCCCGUCACAUCGAGUAUAGGCGCUCCUGCUGGCGCUGCUAUUGCCCGCGACUUCGGUAUUCACAACGAAAGCCUCGUCGCUAUGACGGUGUCCAUAUUUGUGCUUGCGUAUGCUUUUGGCCCUCUAAUUCUCGCACCUCUGUGUGAAGUAUUCGGACGAUCUCGUGUCAUGAUGGCAAGCAAUGCUGUAUUCCUCGCAUGGAAUAUUGGGUGCGGUUUUGCGCAGAACGCUGGGCAGCUUUUAGGAUUCCGAUUCAUCGCCGGUCUUGGCGGAAGUGCGCCGCUCGCCAUCGGUGGCGCCGUUCUCAGUGAUUGUUUCAGGCCUGAAGAGCGAGGGCAUGCGAUUUCGCUCUUCUCUUUGGCUCCUAUCCUUGGUCCUACUCUGGGCCCUGUGGCGGGAGCAUGGAUUGUUGAGCGUACGACAUGGCGUUGGGUCUACUGGGGCACAUCCAUAAUUGACGCCGUCAUUAUUUCUGUCGCCUUCUUAAUUUUUGAAGAGAGUAGUGUGCGGAAGCUUUUAUCAACCUCCUUAUUAAGACCCUUCCGUUUUUUUGUCACAGAAUCCAUAGUUCAGCUCUUGGGCUUCUACAUGGCUUUUCUUUACGUUGGAUUGGUCACUUCGUGUUCGAUACCCGGCACAAUCGCUAUGCCCAUCGGGCUGCUCCUUUUGGGAUGGGGCGCGCAGAAACACGUUCAUUGGAUCGUUCCUGAUAUUGGACUUGCCUUCAUCGGUUGCGGCAUGGUCUCGAAUUCCAUCAGCAUUCAAGCAUACAUUGUAGACACGUACAAGCUGUACGCGGCAUCUGCGUUGGCCGCCGUCUCCUGCCUUCGUUGUCUAUUCGCGUUCACCUUUCCGUUGUUCGCACCGUACAUGUACAAUGCUCUCGGAUACGGGAAAGGAAACACCAUCCUCGCGGUCGUCGCGAUUGUCCUUGGUUGCCCGGCGUAA